GGAUCGAGCCAAGCAUCACAACUUCUUCUACCCAUCCUGUAUGUUGUCCUUUUGGCUCCGUGUUGGAAUAGAAACUUAUUGUAUUAGUAGACGAGAUUUUACGAAAAAGGUUCUUGAUAGGAGAAAAAUUUCUUUUUUCAAUUUUUUCAGUGCGGAUUUUACACAACAUGGGGAAAUCACUAUUUCUAAUUGAAAAUUGAUAUUUCUAAUUCAAAAGAAAAAAGAGCUCUAUCCUAUCAUAUAUAAUGAACUGCUACUCUAGGUUCUCACAAAAGAGAAUCGUUUCUUUCAAUAUUCACUCAUUGUUCGUUAAUAACCCUAGUGAUUGUAUCUAGUAUGCGUAUUCUGAUAGGAAAUAAAAUAUUCAAUUGAUUUUUCAUCGAAUGACUAUUCAUCUACUGUACUUUCAUGGAAAGAGGCAAGAAAGCUCUAUGGAAAAAUCAUGGUUCAAUUUGAUCUUGUCUAAGGGAGAAUUAGAAUACAGAUGUGGGCUAAGUAAAUCAAUGGAUAGCCGCCUUGGUCCUGUUGAAAAUACUACUGUAAACGAAGACCCGACUAGAAAUGAUACGGAUAAAAACAUUCAUGAUUGUAGUGACAGCUCUAGUUAUUACAGUAAGGUUGAUCAUUUAGUUGACGUCAAAGACAUUCGGAAUUUCAUUUCUGAUGACACCUUUUUAAUUAGGGAUAGUAAUCAGGACCGUUAUUCCAUAUAUUUUGAUAGUGAAAAUCAAAUUUUUGAGCUUAACAAUGAUCAUUCUUUUUUGAGUGAACUAGAAAGUUUUUUUUAUAGUUAUCAUAAUUCUAGUUAUAUGAAUAAUGGAUCGAAAAAUGAUGAGCCCCACUAUCAUUUUAACUUGUAUGAUAAUGAUACUAACUGUGGUUGGAAUAAUCACAUUAAUAGUUGUAUUGACUCUUAUCUUCGUUCUCAAAUCUGUAUUGAUAGUUCCAUUUUAAGUGGUAGUGACAAUUCCAAUGAUAAUUAUAUUUAUAAUUACAUUUGCGGCGAAGGUGGAAAUAGUAGUGAAGGCAAGAAUUUCGAUAUAAUAACUCGUGAAAAUGGUAAUGAUUUAACUCUAAAAGAAAGUUCUAAUGAUCUCGAUCUAUACAAGGAUUUGUGGGUUCAAUGCGAAUGCGAAAAUUGUUAUGGAGUAAAUUAUAAGAAAUCGCUUAAUUCAAAAAUGAAUAUUUGUGAACAAUGUGGAUAUCAUUUGAAAAUGAGGAGUUCAGAUAGAAUCGAACUUUCGAUUGAUCCAGGCACUUGGGGUCCUAUGGAUGAAGACAUGAUCUCUCUGGAUCCCAUUGAAUUUCAGUCUGAAGAAGAGCUUUAUAAAGAUCGUAUUGAUUUUUAUCAAAGAAAGACAGGAUUAACUGAGGCUAUUCAAACAGGCACGGGUCAACUAAACGGUAUUCCUAUAGCAAUCGGGGUUAUGGAUUUUCAGUUUAUGGGGGGGAGUAUGGGAUCUGUAGUAGGCGAGAAAAUCACCCGUUUGAUCGAAUAUGCUACCAAUAAUUUUUUACCUCUUAUUCUAGUGUGUGCUUCCGGAGGAGCACGCAUGCAAGAAGGAAGUUUGAGCUUGAUGCAAAUGGCUAAAAUAUCUUCCGCUUUAUAUGAUUAUCAAUCAAAUAAAAAGUUAUUUUAUGUAUCAAUUCUUACAUCUCCUACUACUGGUGGAGUGACUGCGAGUUUUGGUAUGUUGGGGGAUAUCAUUAUUGCUGAACCCAAUGCCUAUAUUGCAUUUGCGGGUAAAAGAGUAAUUGAGCAAACAUUGAAUAAAACAAUACCGGAAGGUUCACAGGCGGCUGAAUAUUUAUUCCAUAAGGGUUUAUUCGAUCCAAUCGUACCACGUAAUCCUUUAAAAGGUGUUCUGAGUGAGUUAGUUCAGCUCCACGGUUUUUUCCCUUUGAAUCAAAAUUCAAUCAAGUAGAGUCUUAAGUGAAAUUUUUUUAUUUGUAGUGAAAAGGUAGUUAGUUAGUUUACCAGAAUCAAAGUCAA